GCCAGCGACCCCUCGGACCCCCGCCCCUCGUCCUCGGCCGCGCCCCCUCCCAAAGCGAAGCCCCCCCGCCACAAGCGCCUGUCGCACCUCUUCCACCGCGCCACCACCAGCGCCAGCAGCGCCAGCAGCGCCAGCAGCGCGGCGCGCUGGGCCAGCGAGAAGAAGCUGGCCGAGCUGCGCGACCCCCCGGCCGAGCUGCUGGGGUCGGGGGGCGCGGAGCCCCCCAGCAUCCUGAAGGUGUUCGGGGGCGCGCUGAGCAGCGGCGCCAACUACAAGAGCGUGCUGGCCACGCCGCGCUGCAGCGCGCGGCAGCUGGUGCGCCAGGCGCUGGAGCGGUACGGGCUGGAUCCCCAGGACUGCGCGCAGUUCGUGCUCUGCGACGUGCUGGGCAGACCCCCGGCCGCGGGGGGGGCCUGGCAGGGCGAGCACCUGCGGGAGGUGGGCGAGUGGGAGCGGCCGCUGCUGCUGCAGGUGAGCGGGGAAAUGAACAUUUAA